AAUAAAAUAUCUUCAACCAUAACUUCCCCCCAAUUUCAAAAGUAACGGAACCAACAGACUUUUCUCUCAAAAUCAAUCAGAUCGGAAAAAUGAAGAUGAAUAAGGCCUCUGAUCUCAGCUCGAUUUCCGUUCUUCCUCCUCAGUUAAGGAGAUCAAGUAUCUCAUGUAGCCUGCCAGAGAUAUCUUCGACUCUUAGGCAUAGCCAACCACCAUCACAGCAGCAGCAGCAGCAGCAGCAGCGGUCUCAGCGAUCAUUCUCUCAGGGAAUUUCAUCUCAGCAGAAUGCUACUUUUUCUCAGUUCUCACAGAAUUCACAAGAUGAAACAUUGACCAGCGACCAACAGUUAGUUGUUUCUCAAGAAAGAGAGAAUUCUGUGAAACGGUUUUCAUGCUUACCCCCAGUCAAUCACACAAGAGAAGAAAGUCAGAUGCAACUAUCAAGAUCUUCCACUGGCCUGAUCCGUAAAUGGGGGUCUGGUGUUCCAGAACAAAGAUGUCAAAUGAAUCAAGAACUUGAGCACAGGAUAGGGACGAUAGAAAGCUCGCUAAGCAGGUUUGGGGUGAUGCUGGAAUCUCUUCAGACAGAUAUAAUGCAAGUCAAUAAAGGAACGAAGGAAUUAGCAAUGGAUAUGGAAAGUAUACGCCAGAAGUUGAUUGGACAUGACGACUCACUUCAGAUAAUUCACAAGGGGCAAGUUGAUGUAAAAGCCACCCUCCAUGGGGAAUUGAAGUUGAUUUCUGAUCAACUUAAUCAAGAUACAUGCCACCAGAACUCACAAGAUAUCCCUAUUUUGCUCUCUACUUUACAAGAAAAGAUUGGAGUGUUCAUGUCGAACCUGCGUAAUGAUCUCUCCAAGUCCUUUACUAACGAAAUGCAGGCAUUGGGAUGCAAGCUUAAAGCGCUGGAACAAAAGAAAACAACACCGAUCACUCUCCCACCAAGGCCUGUUAGCCAUUGUCUCAGUCCUCAGGGAAUGUUCCCACAAAAAAAACCAGCAGUACCUCCCAAGGUCCAGCCGGCAACUCAGGUUCCUAAGGUAGAAAUGGGCACCUGGAAUAUGGUAAAACGUGAUCCAGGUACUCUUAAAAAUAGAGAUUACAGCAAGGAACACAGAUCCAACAGAGUAUCUCAGAUUGAACUGGACAGAGAAUUCAGAGUUGUCAUUGAUUCUGAUGAAGACGUUGAUGGAGGUUUCACAUUCUUUCCAGAGGAUAAUGAAACUGGGAGGUACUUGGCCGAGAAAGCAAAGGAAGAAACCGAACGUCUUCUAAGGAAAGCAAGAAGAAGAAAACGAAAAUACUGCAAUCCUAUAAUUAUAAACUGAAGAUGGUAAAACCGUAGAACUGGGAUGCACCAAUGCUUAUAUAAACAGGUUAUAAUUAAAGGAUACUGCCCAACUGUGAAUAAGCAUAUAUGGCAGGUUAAAGCUGACACAACAAUUUCCAUUAUUUAAGUCCUCAUUUACUUAUAUCAUCGACUUCUUUUCAAGUUAAUUGUAAGUUCACAUUCAUUUAAGUUUUACGGUGCAAUGAAUCCCCUCUAUAUAUGGAGAGAGAGCGACUAUGUAACUUGGAUUAUGGCAACAAACUUCCCUGUAUAAAGAUUUGGGUAAGUUCCUUCA